AUGCUUUCGCCGGCCCUGUACCGCAUGCUGAUCGUCGGCUUCGUUGCCCUCGGCAGCAUGACCUACGGCUACUGCUCCAGCAUCAUCGCCACCACCCUCGGCCAGCCGUCCUUUAUCGCCUACUUCAACCUCGACACCCGCUCCAACGCCACGCAGCUCAUCGGCGCCAUCAAUGGCCUCUUCCAGGCGGGUGGCCUCGUCGGCUGCCUGUCGUGCGUGAAAUCGGCUGAUGUGCUUGGUCGAAAGCGCGCCAUCUUCAUCACGGCCAUUGUGGCGCUGAUUGGGGGCGCGCUGCAGGCCGGCAGCGUGAGCAUCGCCAUGUAUCUCGUCUUUCGCUUCGUCACUGGUCUGGGAAUAGGCUCCAUCGUCGUCCUCAUCCCCCUCUACCAGUCCGAGAUCGCGCCGCCUCGCAUCCGCGGCCUCCUCGUCGGCAUCCACGGCAUCAUGAUCUGCAUCGGCUACUCCGUCGCCAGCUGGGUCGGCCUCGGAUUCUACUUUGUCAACGCCUCUGGCGCCCAAUGGCGGCUUCCCCUGGCCAUUCAGUGUCUCCCGCCCCUGAUUCUCGCCAUUGGCGUCCCGUUUCUGCCAGAGUCUCCCCGAUGGCUGCUCGAUCAGGACCGUCCCGAUGAUGCCCUCAAGGCGUUUGAAGCAGUGCGGGCAGAGAGUGACGACUCCAUGCUCAAUGACAGGUCUGCGAUUCUCGAGGAGUUCAACACGCUCAAGGGUCUCAUCCAGCACGAGAAGAUGACCAAGCAUCGGUUCGUCGAUCUCUUCAAGUCGCCUGGAAUGCGCAAGAGGUGCUUCCUGGGCUUUCUCGUCAUGUUUGGCUGUCAGGGAACAGGAACCCUCGUCAUCAAUAACUACGGCCCAACUCUAUACAAAGCCCUCGGCUUCACCACCGUCAGCCAGCUCCUCAUCCAAUCCGGCUGGGUCAGCAUCUGCCCCUUUGGCAACGCCAUCAACUCCGUCCUCGUCGAUCGCGUCGGCCGCACUCGCCUCCUCGUCAUUGGCUUCGUCGGCGUCGUCACGGCUCUCAUCGGCGAAUGCAUCACCGUCAGCAUCUUCCAGCGCACAAAGUCCCGCGGCAUGGCCGGAGCCGCCGUCUUCUUUCUCUUCUGGCACAUGGUCUGCUUUUCGUCCACAUCCGAUGCCACGUCGUACAUUUACGCCUCUGAAAUCUUUCCCACUCCGCUCCGAGCAAAGGGCCUUGCCGUGUCUGUUUCAGGGCUGUUUGUUGCGACAAUCAUCUUCUUGCAGGUUGCUCCGACUGCUUUUGCGACCAUUGGGUGGAAGUACUAUCUCGUCUUCCUCAUCAUUUCGGCUGUUUGUGCCGUCGUCUUUUACUUUUACUAUCCCGAGACAAACCAACUCUCUCUCGAACAAAUUGGCGAACUAUUUGGAGACAAAGUGGAAGCAGUAAACACAGAGGAAAAGACUGAUUCAACCAGGAGCACCACUGUUGAAGAUGUUUCUGACAAGGCUUGA